AUGUUCAUGACUAAAUUGUCCAAAUACCCCCACGUUCAGGCUAUUCAUGUUUAUUGUGAUGGUUCAGUCAGUAGCAGCAGGUCAGGAUGUGGGCUGUUCAUCCGCGACUACAUUUCUGCCAUUCACUACACUGACACUGAGGUUUCCAGGCGGCUCCCUGCACACAUGUCCUCCACUAGGGCAGAACUGUAUGUUGUUCUGGAGGCGCUCCGUAUUGUGGCGCCUCUCAGUAAGGAUGUAUUCUUUGUUGACAGUAAGGCUGUACUGUAUGCUCUCCAGUCUACCUACCCCAUGGACUGUGAUCUAGUUAAUAAAUGUCUUGAUCUCAUCCACGCUCUAGAAAGUGCUGGUGCCACGGUCCAUUUCACCUGGAUACCCUCUCAUGUGGGUAUCUCGCUUAAUGAAGAGGCAGACCGCCUUGCUCAAUGUGCCCUUUAG